AUGGCGGCCGCCAAGUCGAAAGCUCACCCUCUCAAUGGCAUGCAUACAGCCGGAAUCUUCGCCGACCCCAGCGUCGACGGGCCCUUGAUCGGUACCCUGGUCGCCAUUGUCGACCGCGCGAAGAACCUGCCCAACCGCAAGACCAUUGGAAAGCAGGAUCCCUACUGCGCCGCACGACUCGGCAAGGAAGCAAAGAGGACGACAACAGACGUUCGCGGAGGCCAGACUCCCCGAUGGGACCAGGAGCUUCGAUUUGCUGUCCACGACUCGCCAGACUACUACCAGCUCAAGGUGUCGGUGUUCCACGACGACAAGAAGACGGAUCUCAUCGGAGAGACAUGGAUCGAUCUGAGGGACAUCAUUGUGCCUGGCGGCGGCCAAAACGACAUCUGGCGCAACUUAAUGUUCAAGGGGAAGUACGCUGGCGAGGUGCGCAUGGAAAUUACAUACUACGAUCAGCGUCCGAAACCCGAAAAGCCCGUUGCGAAGCCCAAGCCCGUCGACGCGGAGCCCGUCGAGAACCACUAUGGCACUAUCCCCCGUAAGCAGAUCAAGCGUCGUCCGCUACCGUCCGAUCCUUUCACAGGCGAAACGCCCGCCGCCCCGUCUCCCGACCAAGCCCCGACCCCGCCCCGUACCGGCGGCCCCAGGGGCCCCAAGGAAAUGAGCACUCCUACCCCUCCAGCUCCCGAGGCAAGUCUCUCGGGAUCGCGCCCGAUGCCCAAGGGCCCAAAGCAGUUGCCGCCAGUCCAGGUGCCGACGCAGUCGCCCUUGCAAGCCAUUGAAUACAACACCAGCCCGGCCCCCGCGGCUCGCCCCAGUCAGCAAGACUUGGUUGCGCAGUCGCCUCAAGGUGCCUCGCCGCACCCUGCCGAAGUGACACCACAGCACACGCCGAGACACGAGCGCUACGAGAGUCCCUCUUCCCAGUACGACGACAGAGACUACAGCCCAAGGUUUUCAUCCCAGGAAAUCGUCAACCAGGUCCACUAUCGCCAGGGCUCCGAGCCGCCCCGUGAAAUGCUCUAUUUGGAGGAUCAGCGGCAGGCACCCUCUGUCGAGGAUGAUCGUCCGCCACCUCCGCCCGCUCAUAGAAGCCGUGGUAACUCCCAAGACAUGGUGGUGAGGAGUGCCUACGACACUCCGCCAAAGUCGGCGGGUGCCAUGAGGCAAGAUGUCCUCCGAAAUGAGGCACAUCGCAUGUCGUUUUCUCCCGCAGCGUACCCCGGACGGCCCACCUACCGCGGCUUCGAUUCGGCUCCCGCCGUCACCAACGCGCUUCCGGCGCCCGAGGAUCACCAUCACGAGCCGCCCCCUCCGAGGCAUCACUCGUACGACGCUCACGUAGAGUACAGAUCAAUGCAGCCAACGGUGGAAGACGUGCCAGAGACGCCCAACACUUCUGCAAAUGCUCAUCAACGAAGGAUCUCACGUGCACCUCAGUAUGAGGAGAGCCAGGAACAAAACCAGCCUCCUCCUCCUCCACCAACACAGCAGUCGCAACAGCAUCACUAUCACCAGCAACAGCACCAGCAACAGCAGCACCAGCAACAACUGCACCAUCAGCAACAACUGCAGCAGGAACAAUCUAUGCAAGUAUCCCAUCGCCGCAACUCCCACACGCCGCAGUAUGACGAGAUGUCACAUGAUCAGGGCUACGACCAAGUACCUAGUCCCGCGCCCCUGAACAUCGGGGGCAGAGGGAGUGCCGGCUCCUCUCGCCAGCGGGGACACUCGCCGCAACCUGGCUACUCGCGAGGGGACGAGACGUCUCAGGCGGGCCGCUACAGCACCUCGCCUCGUCCGGAUUACCAGCCAAGAGGGGACGAACUGGUGUUCGCAGGCCGAGGCGGCGCUUCUCCUGGCCGCUACAGCACCUCGCCACAGCCAGAUUAUCAACAAGAUUAUCAGCUGAGAGGCGAUGAGCUGGUACUUGCUGGCAGAGGGAACGUAUCGCCGGGUCACUACAGCACUUCCCCGCAGCCGUAUCCCAGGGGCGACGAGAUGGCUCGUCGUCAGCAAGUCUCUCCCAUAGCGACGCGGGAUUUCGCUCCGAGCCCGAUGGACGGAUCGCCGUAUCACUCGCACUCUCGCAGCCAGAACCAGUUCACACCGCAGCGGUCUGAGCUGUCGGGUAGCGAGAUCACGGCCCACGGCAUGCCCGCCGUACCGGCCUCGUUGGUGCCGGGCGUCGAUCACGCCAUCUCGCAAGAGGUUUCGGACCGCAUCUACGACGAGAGACGCCAGCAACGGCGCUACACUGAUCAGAGUACGACGGCCCCAACCCGCGGAAGGCAUCAUAGCGAGCCUGUUGGGUACGACGUCAACUACUCAAACCAGACAUACGUCCCACCGGGAUACAACUCCCGGUCGUCAACAUAUGGUGCCCCUCCACCCGACAUGAACAGGGGGCGGGGCCCUUCGCCGAACCCAAUGAGGGGACGAGGCGCCUCUCCCAAUCCUAUGAUGGCGCGAGGCUCUUCACCGAAUCCCAUGAUGGCCCGGGGGUCUUCUCCCAAUCCCAUGACGGCACGAGGCGCCUCGCCGAACCCCGCAGCCAGAAGGGGCGUUUCACCUCAGCCUCCUCCACAGCACAUGAGGUCGCGAGGCAUCUCUCCUAAUCCUCAAACGCAGCACACGAUCAAGCGGAAGUCUGUUAGUCCCGCGCCGCCUCCGUCUGAUCAUCGAAGGCUGUCCGGUAUUCCGUUCGGCCCCGACUCAUAUGACAUGCUCAACCCAGCGGUGUCGACGACCAACAGCGACAUCUCGAGGCCUGAUCCGAACGAGAAGAUCAUUACCCACGACGGACGUGAGAUUGACCCUUCGGAUCAUCUCCCCAUGGACACGUGGGCGCCGGAGCCGGAGCCCAAGGGCCCCAAGACACCGGCCUCGGCUUCCACCCGAUCACGGGCGUCUCCUGCCGGUGCUCAGCCCAUGCCCACGAGCGGCCGUCGUCAGCUUCGUAUUGCAGCCCGGCCCCAGUCCCAAGCCUCCUCACCUGUGACGUACGGAUCGGAGCCGUACCACAUCCCCGGCACCCCCCCUACUAUGAACAAUGGUAGCCGGAACCGGCUCCAGAAGAAGACGCAGCGCACGUCAGCUCUUCCUUCGACGUCGCCGGCGGGAUCCAGCCCCCUAGCUCCCAUUUCUUCACACAACUACCAGGGCAGCGGUAGUGACUUCACACCGCCGCGCUUGCCAAGGGCGAGCACCUGGGAUUACCCCAGCGAGAACCACGCGCCACAGUACGGCAGCUCUCCGGGAGGGACCUAUGGCGGCAACGCACCUCCUAUCCCUGCCAAGGUCCCUCUGCCCGUCAUGAGCGGCGCGAACGGCGACAACGAGUGGGCGCUGAUGCAGGAAAUGAGCCGUAUCGACAUAGGCGCCGGUCGCUCCAGGCGUCAUCGGCACUACUGA